AUGAAUAUGAACGAACAACAAAGACCAUUUGUGCCGAACGUCACAGGCUAUCCUGUACAAUAUGCUACACAGCCUAUUGCACCGAGAGGUGUUCAGCCAGCUCCGUAUCAGUAUCCUCGAAUGCAGUAUCCGAUUGGGCAAUCGCAGUUAAUGAUGAAUGCACCUACUCAACCUCGUCCAAUUCAUAAUGCUGGUCCGCCAGCAGGAGUGUCUAACCCUGCAACAGUGGUACGAAAACGUGCUAUCCCAGAAGCUGCUGCGAUUAAUUCAAUGAAUCCACAAGUAAAAAAAAAGCGAGCGAUUGACCGAAACAUCCCAGAAAAACUCGAUACACUCGUCCCAGAGUCACGGCUAUAUACAGAACUCCAAGAGUUUGAAAGAAAGUUGGAUUCGACAAUUGUCCGAAAAAAAUUAGAAAUAACAGAAUCCUUAUCGAAGCCAAUGAAGGUUAAGCGUACCCUCCGGGUAUUUAUAUCUAAUACAUCAUGUAAUCAACAACCUGUACAAGAAGCUGAAGGAAAUGAGAUUGAUUAUAAUAGUAACUUCCCGGCCUGGACGUUAAGGAUUGAAGGAAGGUUACUUGACCCUAUAAAUGCGAAAAACACUAGGCCGCCUACUCGAAAAUUUUCUCAUUUUUUUAAGUCCAUAAUCGUUGAGUUAGAUAGAGAUCCAGAAAUGUUUCCUGAAGGCAAUUUAAUUGAAUGGAACAAAUCCCCCGACUUCGAUGAUGUUGACGGAUUUGAGAUAAAACGUAAAGGAGAUGCAAAUCUCAAAGUAAAAAUAUAUCUCAAUCUAGAUCAACAACCACCAAGAUAUAAAUUGUCACCUGAAUUAGAAAGUAUUUUGGAUAUACAAGAGGAAACAAGACAAGGCGUUAUUAUGGCUUUAUGGCAGUAUAUAAAACAUAACAAUUUGCAAGAUAAUGAGGAUAAACGGAUAAUUAACAAUGAUAUGCGAUUAUACGGGAUUUUUAACGCUCCACGGAUCGCUUUUCCACAAAUUCCAGAAUUAAUAAGCAAGCAUUUGGCACCCGUUGAUCCUAUAGUAAUAGAAUAUUCAAUUCGAGUUGAUAAAGAGUUUCAUCAGUCGCGAUAUGCGUAUGACAUUGAAGUUGAACUUGAUGAUCCAAACAAAAUGAGACUUGCUGCGCUUGCGUCAAAUUCAAUUAAUCAAAAAGAGAUACAUAAUUUAGACGACAAGAUCGUUCAAUGUGUACAAAGCAUUAAUAAUUCUAAGACGAAACGUGACUUUUUGCUAAAUUUUGCGAACUCGCCGGUAGACUUUAUUAAUAAAUGGAUUGCUAGUCAAAGCCGCGAUUUAGAGGUCAUUUUGGGUGAAAGUAAAGUUAACCUCGAGGAACAACGAAAAUCUGAAUUUUAUAAGCAAGAUUGGGUCAACGAAGCUGUUUUUCAUUAUACGAAUGCACAGACACAACGUCGAAUGCAAGAAUUGUUAGGUGCAAGUAAUAUGAAUAGAAAUGAUCAAAGGUUCCUAAGCAA